AUGUCAGAAACCGAUUAUAAUUGCAACAAAUGUGAAUCAAAAGACACCGAGCGUAUGGUGCAAUGCGAUUCUUGUGACAAGUGGUUCCAUUUCGAGUGUGUUAAAGUAGACAGCAAUAUUGCAAAUGUAAGCUGGAGUUGUUCGUGCUGUGGUGACCAAUCUGUAGCCCAAGGUAACGAGUGUGAAGAAAUGCAUAUUCCAGCAGUAAAUAAUACCGCUGAUUUCUCCGCCGGGAGGCAGGCUUCAUCGUCACCAGCCAAUAUAGCGCAACCUGGUACAUCGCAAAAACAACAACAAAAAGAAAUGGAUCCCGUUUUUGAAAAAGGUGCAUAUAAAAAGGCACUUAACCAAAGUACAAGUAAACAUGGCUCCAAUACUGUGUCAUCAAUACCAACAGCAAUGUCUCAAACGACAGCUAUGUCACUGACGAAAACGACGUCGACAUAUUCAAACAGCGUAACUAAAAAUUUUCAUCAAGAUCGCCAUUUUGAGAAUUCCGGCCAUUCGGAUGUGAUUCGAUGCAACAUGUCUCAGACUCAGUUGCAGCUGCAGAUGUUGGAAGAGGAAAAAGAGUUACAAAGGCAAUAUUUGGAGAAGAAAUAUAAAAUUCUGUCCCAAGGCAACGCAAGCCAGCCAUCGUGUUCCUUUUCUCAAACGUUUACAACAUUUCAACCAACAGCAGCUCAAAUUGCAGCAAGGCAAGUGAUACCAAAGGAUUUGCCGAAUUUUGAUGGAAACCCAGAGGAUUGGCCGUUGUUCAUCAGCAACUUCAAAAAUAGUACUGAGAUUGCAGGCUACACUGAUGGUGAAAAUUUAAUGCGUUUGCAGUCGUGUCUCCGUGGUCGUGCUAAAGAGUUGGUGAAAAGCAAAUUAUUGAUUCCUUCUAUGGUGGGUGAAAUUAUCCAGACUUUGGAAAUGUGUUUUGGUCGUCCGGAGCAUAUUUUAGAUGGCAUGAUCGACAAGGCCAUGAGGAUUCCACCAUUGAAGGACAGACUUGAUAGCAUAAUCGAAUAUGCUUUAACAAUUAAAAAUAUUUGCUCUACAAUGGAAGCGUGUGAUAUGAAGGCUCAUUUAAAUAAUCCGAUGUUAGUUAAAACAUUAGUGGAGAAAUUGCCGAAUAAUCAUAAAUUAAGUUGGGCUAUGCAUCAAAAAGAUUCUAAUGUUCCUAUAGUGAAAGUGUUCAGUGAUUGGAUUUACAGCAUAGCCGCUGCUGCCAGCCAAGUCGUGUCUCCAAUAACGAGCAAGAAAGGAGCAUCGGUGAAUGCACAUCAGCAUAGUGACCCAAGGAAACCAACUUGUUUUUCGUGCAAAAGCGAAGUUCAUAAAAUCCAGAGUUGUGGCGAGUUUCAAUCACUAAACUUGGAAGCAAAAUGGAAAAUAGUAAAAGAAAAUAAAUUGUGUCGCCAGUGCCUAAAUUCACAUCGCAGAAAAUGUUUUUCCAAUAAAGUUUGUGAAAUCGGUGGUUGUAAAGCAAAGCAUCAUCCAUUGUUGCAUAACUAUCAGUCCUCAUUAAAUGCGAGUUCAAAUAAUUUCGUGCCAACUGAACAAAGCCGAAGUGUAAAUUCUCAUCGUGACAGUGAUAAAGAGAAGACAUGUUUUAGAAUUUUGCCGAUUCGAGUUUUUUAUGAUGGUGGCUCAGUGACAACGUUUGCGUUUUUGGAUGAAGGUUCUUCUGUGACUCUUAUGGAAAACGAAUUCUUUGAUAAACUUGGAAUUAAGGGCAAGAAGGAACCUCUGGAAUUACGUUGGACAGGCAACACAACUCGUUCUGAAGAUGAUUCGGUCAAAAUAAAUAUUGAAGUGUCUGGUGUAAAAAGUGAUUCUCGUUUUGUGCUGCAUGAUGUUAGAACAGUGAAGAACCUUGAAUUGCCCAAGCAAACAUUAAAUUUUGAAGAAGUGGUGAAAUAUAAUCCGCAUUUAAAAGGAUUGCCGGUCGAUUCAUACGUCAACGCCAAGCCGACGAUUUUAAUUGGCAUUAAUAAUUGGCGAGUAGCAGUCCCAAUGAAAAUUCGUGAAGGUGGUUAUAACCAGUUUAUUGCAACGAAGACUCGACUUGGAUGGACUCUUCAAGGUAGUGGCACGGAUGUUGGUAAAAUAGCUUCGCUGAAUAUACACACCUGUGAAUGUGAACGUCGUUACCAAAUCUUGCAUGAUGAAGUUAAAGAAUAUUUUUCCUUGGAUGUGUCUCAACCGAAAAAUAUAUUGUCAAUCGAGAAUCAAAAAGCCAUGCAUAUUUUGGAGAAUAACUGUGUAAAGAGAGAUCGACGAUUUGAAGUGAAUCUACUUUGGAAAGAUAGUGAUCCUCAAUUACCUGACAGCUAUAAUGUCGCAGUUCAUCGAUUAAAGUGUCUCAUGAGGAAGUUUAAGAAAAAUCCUGAAUUAAAGCAGACUAUGCAGACGGAAAUCGACAAGCUUCUCUCAAAAGGAUACGCAAGAAAGGUUUUUGACUCCGAAAUUAAUAAUUAUCCUGGUCGCACUUGGUAUCUUCCUAUUUUUGUGGCUCUUAACCCAAAUAAGCCUGGUAAAGUUCGUCUGGUCUGGGAUGCAGCAGCCAAAUCCAAUAAUAAGUCACUAAACGAUUACUUGAUAAGUGGUCCAGAUUUGCUUACGUCUCUAUUUAAUGUGUUAAUCGAAUUCCGAGUUGGCCAAAUUGCCGUCUGUGGUGACAUUGCAGAGAUGUUUCAUAGGAUCAACGUCAAAGAUGAAGACAUGCACGCUCAACGAUUUUUGUGGUUCGAAGAUGGUGACGUGAACAAAAUCAGUGUUUAUGUGAUGAAAGCGUUAACCUUUGGAAUUAGCUGUGCCCCAUGUAUUGCUCAUUUUGUGCGCAACAAGAACGCGGACGACUUUCGGGAAAAUUAUCCCAGAGCAGUUAAGGCAGUUGAGUCGUAUCACUACAUGGAUGAUUUUAUCGACAGUGUACAAAGUGAAGGAGAAGCCCUAGAGUUAGCAUUGCAAGUUAAAAUGAUACAUGCUGCCGGUGGCUUCCACAUGAGGAAUUGGGUGUCAAAUUCAAAAUUGAUUUUCACGGCUCUCGAGAAACGUAUUCGAGUCGAAUGUGGUCCCUACCAAGAGGGAGGUUCUCCAAGUUCUGAUGUCCAUAUUCGAUCCGCUUGGGUUCAUCUCCCAUUACACAAUUGGAUUGAAAAUACUACUACAACAAAUUUGGCGGUCAGCAAUUAG